AUGAAAAAGAAGAACUUCAACCUAGACUUUGAGCUGUCGGCUCGCCAGUGCGCCGACCCGCUGGCGUUCACCAACUUGCUGCGGGAUCGACUGGACCCGGCGCUGUGCCUCUGCUGGUCACUGGGCGAGCGCGACUGGUUCCUGGGCGCCGCGCCGAGCUCGCUGGACGCGCGUGUUUUCGGCUACCUGGCGCCGCUGCUGCGCUCGCCGCUCCCCAGUCACCGCCUGCAGACGCUGCUCAAGGCGCACCCCAACCUCGUCGGCUUCGUGAGACGCGUCCAACAGCGGCUCUUCGCCGAACAGUAUGCAGGUGGGCGCUCUCGCUGA